AUGGAUUCAGCCUUCCAGAAGGAACUCACCUGCUUCAUCUGCUUGAAGUACCUUACAGAUCCUGUCACCAUAGGCUGUGGACACAGCUUCUGUCAGGCCUGUGUCUGCCUUUCCUGGGAAGGAGCCAAAAUUCCUGCCCGUUGCCCCAUAUGCAGGAACACAUCAGAGCAAACAGAGUUCAGAACCAAUAUUCUACUGAAGAAUCUGGUGUCCCUUGCCAGACAAGCCAGUCUCUGCCAGUUCCUGAGCUCUGAGGAACAGAUGUGUGGGACACACAAGGAGACAGAGAAGAUGUUCUGCGAAGAGAGCAAGAACCUGCUCUGUUUGCUCUGCUCUAACUCUCAAGAGCACGAAGCUCACAGUCACUGUUCCAUAGAAUGCGCUGUUGAGGAAUACCGGGAUUUGGGAGACAUUUUGACAAGGAGCGAGUCCAUGCAGCUGAACAUGCCCCAGCCUGUGAACCCAGUGCUCAGUGCCAGGCCCAUCACUGGCCUGAUAGACAGGUUCCGCCAGUUCCGAGGUAUUUGUUUCUUCUGCACAUCCACCGAUACCCUUCAAUCUGAUAUUUUCUGGCUAGAGUAUAAAAACAGAUUUUGCCUGAAAUAUUCUCUUUUUUCCACAGUGGAAAUUUCCUUCAGUUAUGAAAUAAGCAGUCAGAAUAUCAUGCUGUUUGAUGACGUGAGAAGUCUGAGGCUUAGACGUGACCUUCAAGAGGCACCUUUUCCUUCUGGAAGAUCUCACUACUUUGCUGCAUGGGGAGACCAGGCCUUCACCUCUGGAAAAUACUACUGGGAGAUAGAAGUGGACAGCUCUUGGGACUGGGCUGUAGGAGUCUGUAAGGAUACUUGGUUAAGGAAGGACAGCUCAAGGGUCCCGUCUGAGGACGCUUUUCUUUUUUUAUGUGUGAAGGAGGAUAAUCGUUACAAUCUCUUGACCACCUCCCCAGUGCUUUCUCAGUAUAUAGAGAAACCUCUGGGGCAGGUAGGUGUGUAUGUAGAUUUUGACAGUAGAAGUGUGAGUUUUGUUAAUGUUGCCAAAAGUUCCCUCAUAUGGGCAUACCCAGCUUGCUCCUUCAAUUAUCCCCUCAGGCCUUUCUUUUACACUGGCCACACAUGAUCAUGGUCAAGUCAUAUCUGAGGGACCCCUGCCCAACUGAAGCUGAUAAAUAAUAUUUUACUGUCUUUUACGUUGUUCUCCUUUAAUGGAACAUUUUGCUAUUGAUUAUGUUGGUAGUCUGAAUUGAAAACUUUUGUUAGUUCAAUUUUCUUUACAUUAAAUUAAUCUCUUGCAGCACAUUAUAUGAAAUAUAUGCUGUGGUUAUUCAUGUGUUUUACGAGCUUUGUGGCAUUAGAAGCAUAUAUAGUACCCAAAAAACCCACUGCCGUUGAGUCGAUUCUGACUCAUAGUGACCCUAUAGUGCAGAGUAGAACUGCCCCAUAGAGUUUCCAAGGAGCGCCUGGCAGAUUCGAACUGCCGACCCUUUGGUUAACAGCCGUAGCAUUAUGUCAGUCUGGAAUAUUCUUCUCCAUCAUCUUCAUCUCGUAAACUCCUCAAUUCAUCCUUAGGGAAAAUCUCUUUACAGAGAAAUAUCCCUGAAUCCUCAGGACCUGGACAGGUCUGUGGUUGGAUGAACACUUUAUGUGGUCCUUUUCCUCUUUUACUGAAUGAAUUAUGAGACAGAGGAAGCGUCUCUUAUAUUCACUGCCAUUUCCCAACAGGUAAUACGAUGUCUAAGACAUAGCAGGCACUUAACAAAUAUCUGAGUGAAUAAUAAGUGAAUGAGAUAUUUAUCUUUUUUGCAACAGGGCUGACAGUGGGUUCUGCUCCAUAUCUUUGCUCUGGUGAUUCCCAAUAUGCAGUAUUUUCACUGAAU